UAGUCUUUUUUUUUUUUUUUAAAAAAAAAAAAAAAAAGACCCUCUAACGACCGAUAAAAUUGCACGUCUUAUAUUGACGUGCUUUUUAAAAAAUCAGGAAGGAUGGGGAAGUUAAAAACGCGUAUAAAGGGACCAGGAAAUAAAGGGAAACGAUGGGCAAAAGGACAGAGUAGUAGCUCAAAUCCGUCAACCAAGAAACAUCGUGAGGUGGCCAAAACCAGGUUCUUUCAGCCGUUUUUGUUCGGUCCGCCUGCUGGCCCUACACAAAAAAGUGGUUUAACUGAGGAGGCAUUGAAGCAACACACUUAUGCGUCAGAAGCUUUCAAGACCGAUGAUCCCAGUGCUGCUGUUGAAGUCAUAACCUCUCCACCGUCCGUGUGCCAGGGAGAUUUUGAGGAUGACGAAACCUAUUCCGUCAUUUCUGGGCGCACAUUUCGCUCCAGCAGUUCAGUCAAGACAUUUGCCACAGGUUUUUCCAACUGCAGCAAUGUGUCAUUCAAUAAAUUACAUAGAGGUUUUACACCUACGUCUGCCCUACACAGAGAAAUGUUGGCUGUCCUCGCAGCUGUGUCUGAAGUCAUUAAGCAACAAGGAGGCAAAGAAACUGACACGGAAUACUUUGCUGUUCUGAUGACGACGCUAGAAGUGGCAGAGACUAGCGAGGACUCGCUUGGCGCCACCCUUGCUCUUUUGGGGAUGGUUAUCAAGCGAGUCCCAGCCAACGUUCUCAAAGCCAAAUUCUCAACGUCAGCAAAAAGUCUGCUCGAUUUGCUUGGCCGUUACAUUGAAAGUGACAACAGCCUUUUAGUACGCUCGCUGAUCGGUUGUCUGGGUGUUCUUCUGCGAAAUCAAGAUGCUUCGGCCUGGUCCAAUUCGUCCACAUUACAGAUCUAUGACGCAUUGUUAACAUUUGUGGCCAGUCCCAAACCACAAGUCCGCAAAGCCGCUCAACACGCCAUUUGUUCCAUUCUCAAAGGCAGUACCUUUCUAGUUCAAGACGAAAACGCUCCUGUAUUGCACCCAAUCGCAGCGCGCACAGGCAAAUAUUGUUUAACAUUCAUAGAAGAACACGGAUACGGCAGCGAACCUUCGCCUCUGCUUCAUCUCUUGAACUUACUAAAAGAAAUUCUAGCUGUAUUACCACAAAGCGAAGUGAAGCCCUUGUGCGAAUCGCUGCUCAAACUGAUGACGUUGAACAACGUACUCGUCUCGUCAUGCGCCAUGCAGUGCUUCCACAGCAUGUUCGUCUGCCGGCCAAGGCCCAUCACGUUAUCAGCAGAUCUGAAUGCUCGUCUCGUCACGGCUCUUUACGACUAUCAACCCUCGGCCAACGACACGCAACCUCUACGCGGAUGGCUGAGUGUCAUGUCGCAAGCUGUUCUAAACCUCGGCCGGCUGGACUCACUCCUCUGUGUAGGGCAUCUUCCCCGCUUCUUCAGCGUGGCCACCGCCCUCUGGUCCAGCGAUAAAAUGCCAGUAGUGAUGUCAGUCACUCCGUCGUUGGCAUCAUUGAUCAGCCAGUGCUUGGAACCGGCCUUUGAUCAGCCAGAAAACGUUGCCGCAGUCACAUCGGUCGCUGAGAAAAUCACUCGAAGCAUCGAACAAAGUCUCGGCUAUCAAACUGUUAACGCCUGGAAGUACGUCAUCCAUUUAUGUACCACAUUGAUCGAAGGUGUGGGCAAAACACGGCCGGACGUAGUCAAAAGUUUAAUUAAAUCACUGGCUAGUUUGCGUGUCUCUCCACGCUUUCCACACGAGGCCGAAGUGGAUUUUGCUAUAGGUAAAGCUGUUCGAGUUUGCGGACCGCGAUUCCUCUUGAAAUGCAUCCCUUUGGGCAUUACUGGCCGUGAAAAGGACUCGUACGAAUUCCCCUACAGUUGGCUCUUGCCGAUUUUGCGUGAAAACAUUCAGAACACGGAACUAGGAUUUUUCAUCGAAUAUUUCUUACCGUUGGCGCAAACGUGUCAUUCAAGAAUCCCCAAAUGCAAAGAAGAAGAGGAUCGCGUAGGAUUCCGGGUAUUCGACCUCCUCCAGCGGCAAAUGUGGGCCCUGUUGCCCGGCUUUUGCAAGUGCCCGACGGAUGUCGACGUAGCGUUCAAAAAGAUCGCCAAGUUGUUGGGACACGCCCUAACCGAACGCCCCGACAUCCGUAUGGAGGUCAUGGCUGCCCUUCGUCAGCUCAUUAUCCAUUCAAAAACGGAUGAAAAAAUUCGGAUGGAAGUGUCACGCUACGCCAAGAAUUUUAUACCUUUACUCUUUAAUUUGUUUACAACCAAAUCGACCACGGAUGAGGAAGAGUCGCAACGUGAGUCAGUGUUCCAGACGGUGACGUACUACCUACAGGUAGCUGACAUUGAACUUGUUCACUCUCUCUUUGAUAAAGCCAAGGAGAAAAUGACGACAGCAUCUGCCAGUUUGAAAUCGGAGGAUAAGGCUGUGGCGGAAGAGAACCUCUUCAUCUGGGACUCUGUGCUGGCCUUGUUGAGAGCCUUGGUGGUCUACCAGGAUCAGGACCGUGUAGAAAGCUUUGUACAGCUUUGUCUGCCUUGGAUAAUGGGAAGUGAAGCCAAACCUCAGAAGAAAGCUUAUCGCAUUGUCGAGGAAAUUGUCGGCGCCGAUGAGGCCAGCGACUGUGGCCGUCACGUCCGUGCCAGUUUGAAUCGCAUCGUUAAACUCUUUACCACCUCGAGAGACAUCGUCAAGGCGCCCAGCAAAGCGUCGAGGUUGCGCACCCUGUCGCGCUUGGUUGCCCUGCUGGCCGAACAGCCACCAACUGCCCCCAAUCGACGUUUCUUGGCCGCAUCGGCUUCAGAGGCAGCACUGGCCGUCAAAGGAGUGGGCGAAAAGGUCAAAGGCGCUGCCUUUGCGCUGCUCAUCGAUGUCGGACGAGUCCUCCAGAAAUGGUCCGCAGAUCCGCAAGUGGCAGUGAAAGAUUACAUUACCAAACUGAUGAAGGGCAUGGGCAGCGAUGAUGACGUCCAUGUGGCCGCUGCUGUCACAUCCGUCACCUAUGUCGUCCAUGAAUUUGCCUCGAAUUGCACGGAAGAACUGAUCGACACUGUCCUGGAACGCAUUUGUGCCUUGUUGGUGACGGAAAAUCGCGACGUCGUCUUAACUUGUCUGGUUUUCAUCCGCAUGUUUACCGUCACCGUCCAUUCGCAGCGAUUACCUUUGUAUUUGAAGCGAUUGAUGGACAGCCUGAGCGAAAUGGAUGAAGAGCUCAAACGCGUCUUUCUCAUCAAAACACGUGAUAUUUUCAUCCGAUUGAUUCGCAAGUGCGGAGCUGAUUUAGUCGUGAAACUCGUCCCGGAAGAUGACGUUGUCCUCCUCAAACGUUUGAAUAACAUCCGCAAAAUAGAAGCUCGUAAAAAGAAACAGAAAGAAGAGCGGAAAGCGGAAGGAAAUGAUGAAGAAGAUGACGAGGACGAGACUGAAAUGGCCACCCAGCCCAAGACGAUGGAACACGUUUUGGCCGAUAGCGACAGUGAUCUCGAGGAUGAAGAAGAGGACAAAGAUGUUAAAAAGAAAAUGCCCAAGACGUGGAUUCAAGAGGAGGAAGGAUCCAUUGUUGAUUUUUUGGACCCAGCUGCAGCGAGGAAGGUUUCAGCAACCAAUCCUGCGCGUUCCAUGCCAGGACAGUUUGACGUUGAAAAGAAAAAGAAGAAGGAAAGCAUCUUCAAAACGGCCCCAGACGGCCGGAUGAUUAUCGACGAAGCUGGGGACUCGUCCGAUACUUCACAAGAAUCUGACGUCGGCCUGAGUCGAGCAUUGGACAAAAUGGAAGUGGACCGUAAACGCAAGAAGGACGAUCGUGAAUCGAUCAAUGACGAUGAAGAUGAGCCUUCGUUCAAGUAUCAAGCGGGUGGAUCUGGUAUCCAUCGACCUGUUGCCAUUGCGGCCAAACCGUCGGCCAAGCGGACCGUUCAGAAACUGACCACCAAACAGAGAGCUAAACAGAGCCAAGAAAAAGUGAAACCGGUGGAUUACGGAGCCGAGUUCCGUAGCUCCAAGGCGCGUGGAGAUGUCAAACGUAAAGGUCAACCCGAUCCAUUUGCUUACGUGCCGCUGAGUCGGAACGCACUCAACAAAAGGAAAAAAGCCAAGAUGAGCGGCCAGUUUAAAGGUUUGGUACAGGCAGCUCGCAAAGGAGCAUCGGUCGGCACGAAAAUCCGGGGUAAAAACCAUCAAACCAAGAAGGCAGAUUAAAAUUACGUUAUUCCCGCUUGUGAAUGGUAAAUAUAUCAAAUUUCUCCAG